UUACAUUUAAUGGAAUAUUAGUCAUUUUCCAAUUAUUAUUUCUAGAUUUCAGCAAACCUAUCUUCUUUUCUAUCCAACCAUUUCUCUCCAAACCAUGGCAGAUACCACCAAUGAAACAAACCCAAUUUUAAUUUUCUCAUACGGCACCCUCAAACUAAAUUUCCCCAACUACAAUCGUAUUCAAAAUUUAAUCCGCCAGAACAGCGCCUCCUUCAUCGGCAUUUACGUCACCGACCAAUCAUAUCCUCUUAUCAUCGGCCCCUUUGGAAUCCCUUACCUCGUCAAUCUCCCCGGCGCCACCGCCAGCCACCGCGUCAAGGGGGAGCUUUACUCCGUGUCGCAUGGAGGAGCCGCGUUGCUCGACGAAUUCGAGGGUGUGAGUAUUGGUCACUACGAGAGGCUACCGAUUCGAGUGGCGAAAUACUGUGAAGGAAAUGAAAACGACGUCGUUUUGGUUGAAGAGGAGGCGUAUUUCGCUCAUCGGAGCUUUGGAGAGAAGAUGUGGAUGAAGAGAGGAAGAAUUGGGUUGAGUGAGUAUAGUGAAGGAAAUGGAAAUGAAUAUGUGAGGAAAGAAAAUAGGAAAUGUGGUUCUAACAACAUACUUGAUAGUAUCGAAAUGUUUUUGUCGUCUUGAAAAUUGUUCAUGUUUUAAUAGGAUGAUUAAAUGAAAAAAAAAUUAUAUUUUUCGUAUGUUAAAAAUU